AUGAGGCUAUCAAUAUCAUGUGAUGCUUGUCGUCAAGCAAAGGUCAAAUGCGUACAUGAAGGACAGCCGCCCUGUCAACGCUGUCAAAAGACCAAAACCGAAGGAUGCAGUCUAUCGGAUCCGCGUGUUGGAAGACAGAGCACAAGAAAAAGCACAGUCUCAUCAAGAAGCCCAAGAAAGCGCAAGGCCUCAUCGACUCUAUCGCCAGUUCUUCGGAAUGCAGAUCGGGUCACCCCUCAGAAUGUCACAGCUCCAGAUGCUGAUAACCCAAUCUCGGCAUUGUCACCGGCGAUCGUAAUCAGCGCAGUAGAAACCUACAGAAAGAAGUUUCCCAUCACCAAUUUUCUGCAUUACCCGUCUUUGAUAUCCGACAUAUCCGCCAACGUCCACUCAGUAGAUCCCGUUUUUGUUGCCUCGGUGCUUUCAUUGUGCGUCCGAUUUAUGAGUAGCGAUGAGCUCAAAGAAGAAGAUGUUUACGCAAAUUAUGCACGCAAGCAUCUGGCGCAGCGGGUUCUUGAAGCCCCAUCGCUUUAUCUUGCCCAGUCCCUGGUGAUGAUUUCAUUCUACGAAUGGGGCACUGGCCGACCAUAUCAAGCCUGGAUGUAUAGCGGAAUGGCGACCUACAUGAUUCAAUCACUUCUCAAGAUGGCGGAUGAUAGCAUGGAACACAACCCGCAGGAAUUCCAUGCGUCCCAAACACAAUAUGAGCAGCUCGUCCGGACGUAUUGGUGCUGUUUUGCCCAAGAUUGCGAGUUGAGUUCCGGGGCGCGGCAACACUUCGCUCUUUCGUUCUCCCAGAUCUCUGUACCUCUCCCAAUUAGCGAUCGGGACUUUACGUUCAAUCAUACACCAGCUAGUAGGCUCAUGCCCGCUGAUAUGAACAAGGGGUGUGCACCGGCGAGAGACUUGACAAUUGAACACGGUCUCACCAUUGUGACGAGAGGAUUCGAUAUCUUUGUUCGGAUUUUGAGAUUUGCGAAUGAACAUCGACGCGCGCUUGCGUCGAUGUCAGAUGAUUCCGCGACCUCGCCAUUGCUUUUGACUUGGCAGGGAUUGAAAGAGGAAUUGGAUGAGUGGAGGUUUCUCCAGGAUAGGACCGUUCGAUAUCCUGAUACCAGUGUGCAAUCGCACGUGGCUCUCGGGUAUGGAGAGUUGUUCGCAUAUAUCAAUUUGGUGUAUUGCAUGAGCAUAUUAUUCCUCCACCGCGAUCGCUUCUUAUCGAAUCUCAAACCGCAUGCCGACGUCUUCCACGACACAAAUGAUGAGAUCCAAGGUGAACCAGAUACAAUAGAACAACUUUUCGAAGCAGCGCAACAGAUUGGCGGAAUCCUUUCUGCACUGGACGCCUCAGGCGCACCGGUUAUAUCACCGUAUUCAGGCUUCAGCGUCUUCGUCGCCGCCCAUAUCAACAUGUACGGAACAAUCGCCCCACAACGAUAUCCCGGUGGACCAGAAAGAGCAGAACAAGAGAAGAGCAGGAAUCUCUUCUAUCUUGAAAGACUAAGUAAAAUCUGGCCGGUUGGUCGCAGCUGGUGGCGAACAGUCCAAGAAGCGAACCGCUUCUACGAAACCGUAAAAAGCAACCAAACAACCACCACAACAACCCAAGACUCGGGAAUGCACAGUCCACGUCGCUUCGCGCUAGCAGGAACACUAGACGAAUACGGCGAUAUCAGAUCGCGCCCGAAUACAAGUAAAGAAACACACACCCACGCACACCGGACUCGAGCAGCGACUGCCGAUUCAGGUGACACGCAUAGCUCGCAUGCCGCUGGGCGGGCCUCUGCGUCACCUGCUCUACCGGGUGAUGCUUCUAAUUCAAAUCUGGAUAGUGCUUCGAUUGGUGGGCACCAUGAUCUUGAAACUGACAUGUUUCAGUGGCCGUUCAUCGAUGCUUCUUGGUCGACUGGGUUUGAUGCCGGGCUCGAUGGGCUUUGGUAUAAUUCUGGACUUUUUGAUCCGAAUCCUUCGAUGAGAUGA